AUGGCGCCCAUCUUCAAGCUCCUCGCUCUUCUAAACCUCUCCCUAUAUGCAGCAGCCCAAGGCACCCAAUUCAUCACGGGCGAAUGUGCAUCAGACGCCGAGUGCGCCUCCGCGUGCUGCGGCUUCACAUCCGGGAAAUGCGCCGCACCCUUCGUAGCCAACGAACGAGGUGAAGGCUGCGGCUUCGGCGACGCACAGCCAAACAACAACGCUCUGAACGGCGCAGGUGGAAAUGCCAGUGCGGAUGCGCAACCAGACGCUGCUGCUCCCGCUGCUGCUCCUGCUGCCCCUCCUGCGGAGAGUAACACUGGAGCUGCGGCGCCGGCGGCAGCAGGCACGCAGUUCAUCACUGGGGCGUGCACAUCCGAUGCUGAUUGUGCGUCGGCUUGCUGUGGGUUCAAGAGCGGGACAUGUGCCGGCCCAGUUGUCGCGCAGGAAAGAGAUGGAGGAUGUGGGUUUGGGGACGCGCAACCAAAUGAUAAUGCGGCGAAGGCGUUGCAGGGACGGAGGCUGGGGAGGAGAGGCGCGAAGGACAUGUAA